CACCCCCACAGUUACAAGAAAUAUAAUUUCAGUAGAAAAAAGGAAGAGGCGUAGCCUUUAAGUCUGCUCUCAAGCAUGAGUUAGUAUUUCUCUCUCUUUUUUUUCAGAAGCAACUGCUCAGAAGAAGAAGAACUUUAUUUAUCACAACAGGAAAGGGUCGUUGAGAAGAAACCACAAGGAUCACUUGAUGAGAUGCAUCCCAAAUGCUUGCUUUUGCUAUUUGGAGCUGAGCUGCUGUUCCUGGCAACAGCACUUUCUCUUGAAUGCACCAAGUACAAUGUAAAAACAUGUCAAGAAUGCAUCAGAUCUAGCCCUGGUUGUGCCUGGUGCAAAAAGCUGAAUUUCACAAAAGUAGGAGAACCAGAUUCUAUUCGCUGUGACACCAAGCAACAGCUUCAGCAGAAAGGAUGUGAAGGGAACAUUGUUUUUCCUGAAAGUGUUGCCAACCCUCAAAAUUCUGGUGCAUCAAGAGCGAAUCGAAACCUUUCUCCUGAACUGGUAGACGCAAGACUGAGAAAAGAUUUUACCGCUUCUUUUAAUGUGACAUUCCGUCGUGGGGAGGAUUAUGAAAUAGAUCUUUACUACUUGAUGGACCUCUCUUACUCGAUGGAUGAUGAUCUGACCUCUGUGAAGAAGCUAGGUGGGGAGCUGUUUGACGCUCUCAGACUCUUGACCAAAAAUGCUCGUGUCGGAUUUGGUGCCUUUGUGGAUAAGACGGUGCUGCCUUUUGUUAACACACACCCAGAGAAGCUGCAGAAUCCCUGUCCAGUCAAAGGAGUCAAGUGCCAACCACCAUUUGCUUUCAGACAUGUUCUUAGCCUCACAGAUGAUGUGCAGCGGUUUCACAAAGAAGUAGGAAAACAGAGUAUAUCUGGGAACCUGGAUGUACCAGAGGGAGGACUUGAUGCCAUGAUGCAAGUUGCUGUCUGUGGGGUAAGAUUUUAAAUUGGUUGGAAGAACUACACUCGACUGUUAGUAUAUGCGACAGAUGCUGGUUUCCAUUUUGCCGGAGAUGGUAAACUUGGAGCCAUCUUAACACCUUAUGAUGGGAAAUGCCAUUUGGAAGAAAACAUGUAUAAAAAGAGCAAUGAAUAUGACUAUCCAUCUGUUGGUCAGUUGGUACAGAAACUUAAAGAAAAUAAUAUCCAGCCCAUAUUUGCUGUUACCAGUGAUGUGGUUGAAACAUACAAAAAACUCAGUGAGAUGAUCCCAAAGUCUGCUGUAGGAGAGCUGAGGGCCAAUUCAGAUAACAUAAUCCAGCUUAUUCGGGAUGCUUAUAAUAAUUUGUCUUCCAAAAUUAUUUUGGAUCAUAGUCCUUUGCCAAGUUCUGUGAAGGUCACAUUUGAUUCCUUCUGCACUAACAAAAUAAAUACCAAGGAUCAGCCAAGAGGAGAAUGUGACAACGUAAUGAAAAAUGAUGAGGUCAUUUUUCAGGUGAAAAUUACGGCAACAGAGUGCAUUGAUAACCUGAACUUUACUAUCCAGGCUCUUGGUUUCUCAGACUCCUCCGCUGUCACUGUCCGUAUACGCAGUCGGUGCAACUGUGAAUGUGAUGAAAAAAUACCUGAUGGGACUGAGUGUAGUGGACAUGGAAAAAUAGACUGUGGUAUCUGCAGGUGCGAUUCCGGUUUUACUGGAAAGAAUUGUGAUUGUAAAACUGGAGGCAAAUCCAGUAAGGAACUGGAAAAGAGCUGCCGAAAAGACAAUGCCUCCGUCAUCUGCUCUGGCCUAGGGGACUGUGUAUGUGGACAGUGUGUUUGCCAUACCAGUGAUAUCCCCAAAAAGGAGAUUUAUGGCCCCUUCUGUGAGUGUGACAACGUUAACUGUGAACUUCACAAUGGCAAACUUUGUGGAGGAGAAGAACGAGGACGAUGCGACUGUGGAAAAUGCAAAUGCUCCACUGGCUUCGAUGGCAGCGCCUGCCAAUGCAUAUCUUCAACUGAAGGUUGUUCCCUGAACCGGGAUUCAAAUGUAUGCAGUCUCCGUGGGGAGUGUCAGUGCAAUACCUGCAACUGUGACCCUGGCUACCAGCCCCCAUUUUGCAAAGAUUGUCCUGGCUGUCCAUCACCCUGCCCCAAAUAUAUUUCCUGUGUUGAGUGCAAGGCUUUUGGGGGCGGCCCAUUUCAGAAGAAUUGCACUCAGCAGUGUCAAAAUAUUAUUGUGAAAGACGUAGUGGCACCCAAAAGUAAACAAUGCAAGGAGAAGGAUUCUCAAAAUUGUUGGAUCAGUUACACUAUGUCUCAAAUGGAUGGAAGGGAUCGGUAUGCUGUUACAGUGGAUCCUAAGAAAGAGUGUCCAGAGCCACCUAAUGUUGCGGCCAUUGUGGGAGGUACCAUUGCUGGUGUAGCUCUCAUUGGACUUCUCCUCCUCUUGCUUUGGCGGCUACUGACAGAACUGUUCGAUCGCAGAGAAUAUCACAGAUUUGAGAAAGAGAAAUCCAAGGCAAAGUGGAAUGAUGCUGAUAAUCCUCUAUUCAAGAGUGCCACCACCACUGUUGUGAAUCCCAGAUUCAAUGGCCAAUAAUGUGGAACUCCAGUGACAACACAAAGCACCAAGACGGGAGGAAGAACAGAGAUGAAGACAUGGGUUUUGUUCUCCAUAGUAGCCUCUGUUGUCAUUGGGUGUGCUUACACUGAUGAAUUAAUGGUUUGACACCAAUUUAACUGCUAUGGCGCAAUAUUAUGGAAUCAUAAUAGCUGUAGUUUUACAAGGUCCUUAGCCUUCACUGCCCAUAGGAGCUUAGUGCAUCACCAAAUGACAAAUUCAUUCUCAGUGGUUCUCAGCCUGGGGUCCCCAGAUGUUUUGGGCUUCAACUCCCAGAAAUCUUAACAGCUGGUAAACUGGCUGGGAUUUCUUGGAGUUGUAGGCCAAAAACACCAGGUUAAGAACCACUAGUGCAGAUGAACCCAUUAUCACACCAUUGCAAAAGUUAUAGCAAGUUAAACCUUGGUAUAACUUUUGCAAAUAUACUAUCACUUCACUGUUUAUUAAAGUUUGUACAGAUUGGAAACCUUUGCUGCAAAAUGUAACAAAAUAGUUAUCGUAACUUACAAUGAAUACAUAUACAAGAUUUAUUCUAAUUCGUAGUUUCACUUUCCAGAAACCCAACAUUAAACUCUUUUGCAUAGUGGGGGAAAUGGUUUUUUCUGGUUUGCACUUCAUUUUUUUCUUUUAAAAAAGUUUUUAUUAUUAUUGUCUAGUAUUACAUCCUCACUCAGAACAGCCCUAAAACAACCUAUCUAUGCCUAAAAUUCCCCCUAAAUUAAAAAGGUUUUCCUGCCCACUCCCUCUAUAUAAAAUAAAAAAUAUUAAUAAAACACAAUAAAAAUUAAAGUUAAAAGUUGCCUUCGCACUUACCAAUCUAACAGUAUUUCUAUAAAAAUUGCAAUCUAUUCACUAUGGGAAAAUAUUUAAAGUCUCAGUUUCUAUCAUAUUGUGACAGAGUUUUGUACUUAAUCAUGAAAUCUAACUAGCACUUUCGUAUCUUCUUUCUUUUCCAUAAAAGUCAUAAAUGAUUCCCAAUCUUUUGUCUAAUUUUCUAAAGGCUUUCUAUUAUCAUACUAAAGAAUUUGCUCAUUUCUGUCAUUUCAACCAUUUUACUAUAAAGUCUCUCAUGAGGAUAAAUCUGUGUUUUCUUCCAUUUUGGAUUAUAAAAUAUUAUUUCAGUUUAAAACCAUAUAAAUGACUGAUUUGAAAUUCACAUUUUUCAUUGGCAUAUUUGGUAAUCUAUUUAAGAAUAAAGACGAGUCUAACCCCAUUAAAAAAAUUCUUUAACAGACCUUCUAAUAUGUUUUUUCUUUUCCAGCUGUUCACAAUUCCAACAUACAUUUUUAGUGUCUUUAUACAUCUUAAACAAUUUAUUAGGAGUUAGAAGCCAUUUAUACAUCAUUUUAUAAAAAUUUUCUUUCAAGUAAAAGCUUAAAAUGUCUUUUAAUCCUUUAAAGGUAAAUGUUUUCCCCUGAUGUUAAGUCUAGUUGUGUCCGACUCUGAGGAUUAGUGCUCAUCUCCAUUUCUAAGCCGAAGAGCCAGUGUUGUCCGUAGACACCUCCAAGGUCAUAUGGCCAGCAUGACUGCAAGAAGCACCGUUACAUUCCUGCUAGAGCAGUACCUAUUGAUCUACUCACAUUUGCAUGUUUUCUAACUGCUAGGUUGGCAGAAGCUGGGACUAACAGCGGGAGCCCACCCUGCUGAAUCAUCAACCUUCCAGUCAGCAAGUUCAGCAGCUCAGCAGUUUAACCCACUGCGCCACCGGCGGUUAAUCCUUUAGGCCACACUUUUUCCAUUCUUCCAAUUCAUUAUUUUAGUCAAUGUUUGAGCCCAAUUGAUUAUGCAUUGCUCAACUUGUUCAUCUACGUUUUCAAUAAACGUUUAUACAUUUUCCCAAUGUGGUAUACAUUGUCUCUGUAUAAACUUAAUUCCAGCUUUUUUUGUUUUAUCUUUUUCAAAUUCAUUUCUUGUUUUCUUUCAUUUUUAUGUCAUGUAAUUUCCUUCUUCUGGUGGUUACUGUUGUGUUUUAAACCUAUGUUAUUCCUUUUUAAACAGAAUCAAGCCUUUAUAUAUAAUCUACUGUAAGUUAGGGUCAUUUAUAUGAAUGUUUUAAAAAAAUGUUUAUUCAGUGGAAAUCCAAAACAGAUUUUUAGGACCUUAUCUAACCAUGUAUUUAUUCCAAAUUCUUAAGAUGUUCCUUAUUAAAAUCUGCAUUUGCCUUGUCUUACUAGAGAUUUUCAGAUCACAGCCUUCCAACUGUAAUAGCUAAAUGAUUAUGGGGAGGUGGUGGGAAUGGGGAAAAAUACUUGUAUUUUGAUUGUGGAAUGUCAAAGAUUGUAUGUUUUUCUGUGUGUGUGUGUGUGUGUGUGUAUUCAUUCCACAAUAAAAGGAAAAAAAUAGCCUAUCAUUAUGUCAUUGAGAACUCAGCAGACCCCUGCCUUCAAAUUAAUCUGACCUGCAGCAGGCGGUUCCACAGGUCCCAAGACCCACAAUUGGAUGGAAUGGGGUGGGAACGUGAUUCAGUCUGCAGCCACUCAUCUCAAAUGCUUCUGAUCUCUUUCCUAACCCCAACCUUGUAACAAAUCCCCUAAUAAAAUGUUUCCUAACUUGCAACUUUA